UGUAUUAUUAUUUUUUUUUGCAAAAAAAGCCGGCCUACAAAAUGUCUUCACCAGCACCAAAGUCACCAGAAUUAUCCGAUAAAAGCAAAAAAUAUGAUAGACAAAUCAGACUUUGGGGCGAACAUGGCCAAAUGCUGCUGGAAUCGGCAAACAUUUGCCUAGCGAAUGUGACUGCCGUUGGUUGUGAAACAGCUAAGGGACUAGUUCUUCCCGGCAUUGGAGGCUUCACAGUGGCCGAUGGCAGCACUGUUAAGGAAGAGGAUUUGGGUAACAAUUUCUUUCUUGAUGCCAGUUAUAUUGGAAAAUCCAAGGCUUUAGCCUGCAUGCAGUUGUUGCAGGAACUCAAUCCCGAUGUGAAUGGCGACUAUGUGGAUGAGAGUGUUGACUAUAUAUUGGCAAACCGUUCCAAUUUCUUUGACAAUUUUGAUUUGGUCAUUGCCUCGAAUUUAAAUGAGCAAACAUUGAUAUCGCUAUCGAAUCGCCUGUGGGAAUCAAAUGUGCCGCUGCUCUAUUGCCGUUCUUUGGGCAUGCUGGGUACCAUACGGCUGCAGAUCAAAGAACAUUGCAUUGUGGAGGCUCAUCCGGAUAAUCGACAGUUUGAUUUGCGUCUGGAGCAUCCGUUUGAGACAUUACGUGAGCAUCUAGAAAGUACAGAGGUCACUAGUAAAGUGCCUUGGCUUUUGGUUCUAUACAAAUAUUUAAAGGUCUGGCAGAAGCAACAAGACGGUGACCAAAAGGCACCCAAAAACUACAAGGAGAAGCUAGCGCUGAAAGAGCUAAUCGAAAAGGAAAUGAAAGCCGAUGAGGAGAAUCACGAAGAGGCUAUCAAAGCGGUCAAUACGGCCUUUGGAGCUGGUCGAGUAUCUAGCGAUUUGAAAGCCAUAUUUAAUGAUGAUGCCUGCGAGCAGUUAAAUAAGAAGAGCAAUCCCUUUUGGAUCAUGGCAAAGGCUUUAAAGCAUUUUGUAACUGAAGAGAAUAAUGGUUAUGUGCCCCUGCCUGGCGUCUUGCCCGAUAUGACUGCUAAUACGGAAUCAUAUAUUGCCCUGCAGCAUGUUUAUCGUCAGCAAGCAUUGCAUGAUGCCGAUCAGGUCUAUCACAAAUGCCAGGAUUAUCUUAAGCAACUAUCCCUUCCAGUUGAUAGCAUCGAUGAGCGUAGUGUUAGGUUGCUCUGCCGUGAGGCAGCCGGCCUAGCUGUCAUCCGGGGAACACGUAUUGCGGAUGAAUAUGAGAAAAGUUGUCGCCUCCAGCCCCUAGUUGAGGACAAUGAAUUGCAGGGCACACUGACUGCCUAUAAUUUUGCCCUGCGCGCCUAUGAACGCUUCCUCUGCGAAUGCGGCAACAUUCCAGGCGAAUGUACAGUGGAACAGGAUAUCGGUCGUCUCAAGAGCAUUGCGAGCAAAAUGCUCAACGAUCUGGGCAUGCAUGCGACGAUCAGUAAUGAUGUUCUUCAUGAGAUUUGCCGUUUUGGUGGUGCCGAACUUCAUGCCGUGUCCGCUUUUAUUGGUGGUUGCGCUGCCCAGGAGGUGAUCAAGAUAAUAACCAAACAAUAUAAGCCAAUUGAUAAUACUUUUAUAUAUAAUGCUGUAACCACUGAAAGUGUUACGUUGAAGUUGUAG